GCAGAUUGGUGGCAAGCACACUUUUUUGUAAACAACGCCGGUUGAUGUUUGUAAACAACUAACAAACAGCUGAUCCAAUUUUGCAAAUUUUUGCUUUUAGCAAUAAUUUUGUGAGUGAAUCGUCCACUUUUGAACAUUUUAAGACUGAAACAAGUGUAAACAAAUGGACCCAGACGUGAAGCAAUCUGUUCCAAAUGGUUCCAUAGCUGAUGCCGCUGAUUCCCACACGGAUUGUCGGCUUUGUUUGGGCGGAGAGCGGCUUGAAGACAUUUUCGAUCAGGUGGCAGAUCUUCAACAGUGGAUUUCGGAAUAUCUUUCGAUUGUGAUUCAUCCAAACGACUGUUUAAGUCACUCGAUAUGCGUGAAUUGCCGAGAACGACUGGAGGAAUUCUGUGACUACCAGCAGCGCUGCGUAGAAAUACAACAUGUUCAGCGAAGUGAAAGUUCUAUGAUAGUGUGUGAUGGAGACACGACAUUUACCCUAAAUCAGUUGGGUAAAGUAGAAGCAAUAAAAAAGGAACCUGGAUCAAUGGAAAACUCACAGCAGAUUUGUAGGCUGUGUUUAGGCAGGGAAUGCGUCGACGAUGUUUUCAACUACGGAGAUCUACAUCGGUGGAUAUCGGAUUACUUGUCUAUUGAGAUUUCAAAUGAAGACAGCAUACGUCGGUUUUGCUGUGCCAUGUGCAGGAUUCGACUGGAAGAAUUCCGGAAUUUUCACCUGCGAUGCUUGGAGGUUCAAACACAACUGUUGAAUAGUAAUGUCACUGUCGUGAAGGUAGAACCAACAGAAACUACUGCGGAGGAUUUCGAAAGUUCAAAGAUUGUAGAAGAAACUCAUGGUGAGCAGUCGAUCCAGUGCAACGUAUGCCAUAAGGUGAUAAAAGGCUCGAAACAUCUUAAGGACAGGCUAAGGUACCACAUGGUGAUACAUGGGCCGAGGAAAUACGCGUGUACCAUGUGUGAGAAAGCCUUUGUGAAGAGUUCCCAUUUAAAAGAUCACAUGAAGGUACACAACAAAAUUGAUGAAGAACCAGUCGAGUGUAAAGUGUGCCAUAAAAUGCUCAAAAACAUGAACUCAUUCCGAGUACAUAAGAUAUCUCAUGGGCCGAAGAAACACGUAUGUGUCAUUUGCGACAAAGCGUACGCAGUGCGUCAAAAUUUAAAAAAGCAUAUGCAGAGUCACAAAAGCAAAUCUACAUUUGAAGCAGUUAAGCAGCACUCUGAUCACCCAUUCAGGUGUGACGUAUGUUUCAAAUUAUUAAAAAACCAAAUAUCGCUACGAUACCAUAAGAAGAUCCACCAACCGAAAAGAAAAGUGUGUCCCAUUUGCAAUGCUGCCUUCGUCCGGUCUCGAGAUUUAAGAGAUCAUUCGGCAACUCACAGUUCUUCGAAUGGAACGGAAGACGGCGAAAAGCAUAUAGCUCUUCCAUUCAAAUGUAACAUAUGUCCUAGAGCCUACAAAAGAUAUAACAGUCUUCAAGGACACAUAAAGACUCAUGGACCGGACAAAUACCGGUGCUCUCUUUGCAGCAAAGAGUUUGCCGAACAGCAACGGUUGAAGGCUCAUAUGAAAACUCAUAACAAGUACAGUGCACAAUCUGUUGAAGAGAUAGGAGAGGCCGAGUUGAAUAAGUUUCUUUCUGGCGUUCCAUUCGAAUGUAAAAUAUGUCCUCUAAUAUACCAUUCUCAAAAAGACUUGUCAAAACACAUCCUCAACGUACAUAAAGGCAAAAAUCAAACUACGUUGGGAAUAGAAAAGUGUUCACCGUUAGAUAUGCAGAAAUCUGACGACAUAGUAGAUGCCCUAGAUCCAUUCAAGUGUACCGUAUGUCGCAAGGCUUUCAGGACAAAGGCUCAACUGAUGGAGCACAUGAGAAAGAUUCGAGCCAAAAUGACUAUCGAGUGUUCCAUUUGCCGGGAGAGAUUUGGUUCACGUGAGUUGCUUGACAAGCACAUCAAAGAUGCCAUCCAUGCUGAGAGGAGUACACAGGGCAAUGGAAACAAUGCCGGAAAUUCAAUGGAUGACGAUAUGUUUGAAGCAGAAGAGAUUAAAGUGGAAAUACAGUCGGAUAGCGAUGACUAAUAUAAACUAUGGUUCUUAGUUAUCAAUGCCGAAUCACUGCCAGACUGUGUUACGUUUGUAAAUUGUUGUGAACAUUUUGUCAGUUUAUUUUGAAUGUUAUACUAAGGUUUGUACAUCUGUCCCUGAAUCUUAAUGUGCAUUUGUAGUGCUCCAAACAUUUUAGGAGUGAUCCAGUACAAAACACGCAAGCCAUCCCCUAACACGGACAUCAAAUUGUAGACGGUCUUGUGUUGUUGCUCGAAUCGAGAUGCCCCUUAGAAUUAGAAAUUCCUAGACCAAAACAAGCUAUGAAUGCAGCAA